AUGAAUUCGUACCCUGGCGACAUCGUGGUGUCUCCUCGCGAUGACAUAAUUGCAAUGCUUUCGGCGGCUGGCUACCACAGAGCUCGUGUCGUCAGUUUGAACGAUUAUGAUCGGGUAGGGAAGGAAUUCAGUUGGGGUGAAUCACAUUUUAUCGAUUUUUCAGAUUGUCGGUGGUAUCGCUUGGGGAAUCACGCGUUUCGACGACGUCUCCGUUGCCGCCAAUCUGUUGUACGAAGAGAGUGAGGACCGGAAUAUCAAGCUGAGAACGUGAGUGAACGAGCAUUUUAUCUAGACAAGAUAGGAUUUCAGUGAGCAAAGCGAGAAGAUCAUCGUGGCUCUGAAAGCCAUCGGAUGUCCCACGCAGCUUUCGGCUCAUCAGUUGUUCUGUCUCGACUUUCUUCCUCUGAAGGAAGUGAUUCAAUGGCUGCUCCGAAAUGUUUUACAGCAACAUCAGCAUCGUAAAGAGUUCAGCGAAUGGUUUGAUAAAGAUUUUCCAAACGAUACGAAAGCAGUUCUCGACUUUCACGCGCGUCUGAAUCGCACGAACGUCGAUCGUCCUCCGGUGACUCGCCACAUGAAGCGGAUGGACGCCUCGAUUAUGUUCGAUUCUGCGAUGGACGCAAAGUGCACUCUUGCCGAGUACGUGACCUAUGCACGGACCGGACAACGAUUGUACCCGUCGAAAAGUUUCGCGCAACCGGAAGACACAUUUGAGGACCUUGGAGUUGACUCUUCCGUAAGCUGUGCCUUCAGAACGAGAUCUUCUAAUAUCUACUUCAGGAGGCGUCAACCAAGAAGUACGUUCCGAAAAACACGGUUCGCAAGAUGAUGGAGAAGGCGAUCGUGGAGAUCACAAAGAACGAAACGCCGGCGGUGAAGGCAGCUCGCGAACGAAUCUGUGCUGAAAUUGACGAAUUCAACAUUCCGGUGCAAAUGGGAUCUCUCGCGCACCGAAUUACCCAGGAGGCAGAGCGGUACUACGAAGCAAAGUGCGAGUUCCAGGACCUCAGCGAAGAAUUUGACAAUUUGAUCAAGUCGAAGAGUACCGAGAAGUAGUGAGUGCUUUGCACACGAGCCACGAAUUAAUUAUCUUUGAUUUCAGCAUCGCCGAGGUGGAAAAGAUAACGGAGAUAAUGCAAAAGUUCCAAGAUACUCACGCCCGUGCAAAUGACCUCCGUGCGCUGACAUUUCAAGAUAUGGAAGAGUCGAAAGCGGCGGAGAAAAAGAUGCGUCUGAAUCUGGACGAGAACGGAGAAUUGAAGAGUUAUUGUCCGGCGCAGAGAGAAAUCGUGGAUGAGUAUAUCAAAAAGACGGAUGUGUUCGCAGAACGAUUCCGUGAUGUCGUCGCACUGCAGUACCGUCUCGAGCGUUGCAUUUCUGUGACUCUUACCUCGCAUUACCGUAAACGGAGUCUGGAAAGAGUUGAAAAUGCAGCUGAAUUGUGCGAGAAGGCGAAAGGGAGCGUCAUUGAGUACAACGUCACCAUCGACAUCCUCACAAUCUCAUCGAAGAUCACCGGAUUCAUGAAUGAAGUGGAGAAGAGUCUCAAGCAUGAGUGAGUUCUUUUCCUCUCCCAUUGCCUUCCGAAUUCUUAUUUUUCCAGACCGCAGUCUCAAGAGUACCGUGACGCGUUCGUCGCCUACAUGAACGACGUGCGCAACCAAUUGAGUGAGUAUCACUGGAAAGCCAAACAGGCUCAGGACAAGACGAUCGAGGAGAAGAUGAACCUGUCGAAUGUGCGAGCUCAACUGAUUCAGAAGGAGCGCGAAAUGGCGCAAUCAUUCGCGGAAAUGGAGAGAGUAAGCGUGUGAGCACUCGUUUUUCCAUUAAUCGAUUUGUUCCAGCUGUUCCGAAUGAACAAGUUGCUGAACUCAAUCAUCAAAGAAAUGGAUGCGAUUGAAGAAAAGUGUCCGGCCUUCCAAACCAGGAAGCAAGAAAUCAUCAAAGAACUUUCCCAAUCGUCUUCUCAAUAG